UAUGGAAAUAUUUAUUCCACAUACCAUCUCCUCGUUUGACGUCCACGUUAAGGCGUGGAAGCAUUGAACUAAGACAGCGCCACCAGGUGUGCGAGAAUGAGCCUGUUAGGACACUCAAAAGGUGUUGACCUGCCUGCCCUGCAGGAGCACCUCCAAGGCCUGUGGAACAGGAAAGAGCUGCAGGAGCUGCAUCAGUUUUUAGCAGCCAGUUUCUCACAUAUGCAGGAGCCCUUGACUGGACUGCUGGACUUGUUGGAGGGCUGUGUUACCAUCCAAAAGGUCAAAUCUACCAGCCUGAGCCAAUUCAUCCUUACUGAGUUCAUGCGCUGGAAGACCAAUAAUCCCAAAGCCAUUCUGAAGGGCCUGAGUGAGAAAGAAAAGCUGCGUUUACAGCAGCGAGCCCUGGAGCUCCUCACAGACACUCAGUCCGGGUACAUGGACCCCCUGCUGGAGGUCUACCAGCUGAGCUCACUGGAGAAACCUCUGCUGCUGAAACACGUGACCUUCCUACAGGACUGCUGCUGCUGCUACAAAGAGGCAUUGGUGUUCAGUGUGAAGGUGGAACUUCAGAAAGAUCUGGACAUGGAGAAGAUGUGUGUGCCACUCAUUCUUCUGGACAAGCUGCCGCUGGUGGAGAUGUAUGUGCAUGGACACCCUGACUUGCAGCAGAGGCUGGUCUCACUGCUGGACUCAUGGUGUGAUCCAGACUUCAACAUCCAGCAGCUGCUCAGUCAUUACCCGCAGCUGGUUCUAUCCAAACACCAGACAGACCAGAUUCAGCCCAAAUUGCUCAGCAAACAUGUCUUCAGGCUCAUGGAAAAAUUCUGCAUCGACCCAGGUCUGUGCUCUAAUUCAGUCUACAAGAGGAAGCUGGAUUCACUAAGGUUUCUCAUGUACAAAACUUUUGGUGAGAAAACCAUGUCAGAAGACAAUUGGAGAGACCAUGUUCAGACUAUGGUUGCGGGUAAUACAGAGCUGCAGAUUCAGUUGGUGCAGCUGUUGGUGAAACACUGUAGCCUCAAGACUGCUGCCCAAUGGGCGGCACAUUACCAUGUACCCAGACACAGACUGCCCAUUGGGGUAUGGGACAUAAUUCAGAGCCUCUCGCCCAAGCAGCUAGAGAUGUGUGCUGUGAGUGUCCAACCUGAGUCCUGGACACCUCCCCAGUCUUAUCUGCAAAAAUACUACCAACUGCCUCUGGCCAGAGAAGACGUCCACUUUGUAGAGACAUUAGAUGAACUUGAGCAGUGCAGACAGGCUGUUUUAAAGCCUGGCUGUGUGGUGGGAUUAGACAUGGAAUGGAGGGCCAGUUUUGGGACUGUGUCCGCUCAAUUUGUGGCUCUGAUCCAGCUGGCCAUACAGAGACAGGUGUUUCUGUUGGAUUUGUGUGCACACAGCAUCAGCCACCACAACACCACAGUGAACUUCAUCAGAGCUCUGCUGUCAGACAACAAUAUCCUUAAACUGGGUUAUGGGAUGUCUGGAGACUCAAGCAGUCUGGUCAGAACAUGGCCUGAGCUCAGAGAGGAGCCUCUGAAGAUGGAGGGAGUUCUGGACCUGCUCCAUGUUCAUCAGGAGCUUCAGCGGUGUUGGUCGGGCAGGAGAGUGUCUCGGUCAGUGAAGGUGAGUGAAGGUCCGGCGGAGAAGGGUCUCAGUCUGCUGGUGCAGCAGGUGCUGGGGAAACCACUGAACAAAACUGAGCAGCUCUCCAACUGGGAACGUCGGCCACUCCGUAUCAGCCAACUCCGCUAUGCAGCCGCUGAUGCGUACUGCCUGCUGGACAUCUACUUCGCCCUUUCCCAGGACCAGAGGGCCUAUGGGCUGCCAGAGGACCUCCGCUCCAUCCCCUCUGCCCAACAGGCCAAAAGCCGUGAGGAGAAGAAGCCCAAAGACAAGAGCAGGCAGUCGAAAAGAAGAGAGGCCCGGCAGAAGGUGAAUGAGCCCCGCUCCAGGGAGGAUGAGUGUGUUAAGGUAAAUUCAGAGUACCACGGGCCCCCCAUCACCCCACGGGAGCUGCGGGUCGUCUGUGAUAACAUGCUGCAGGGUUUAGGUUGUUUCCUACGCAGUCUGGGGGUGGACGUCAGGAUGCUGGAAAACACGGAUGACCAUAAAGUAGCAGCAGAGCUGGCCUGUGCUGAAGGUCGCUUCAUUCUCACUGCAGGUCAGCCCUACCAAACAUUAAGGUCACAUUUGGGAGAGAGCCGCUGUCUGACUCUGGACUGCUCAGAAAAGGCACGUGACCAGGCUGUGCACGUUCUCAGACACUUUAACGUCCACUUCACCCCUGCGGACAUCUUCAGUCGAUGCCAGAAAUUCUCCAUUUUGUUCCACAUAACAACAUGAGGACAUAAGAGUUGUGAGGCAGGAAGGAAGCUCCAGCAGAUAGACACUUAUCCUGUGAAUCAUUGGCUUGAGGUGCCACUACGGAAUUCGCUAGAACAAGAGGAGGAGGCACAGCAUCUCUUCUGUGUUUUAGGCAUUUCCUCUCACAUAAGUGAUGAUCGGAAUUUGGACAAUGGAUUUGGAUAAGGAAAUAACCAAUUAAUGGAGGGAUGCAGAAAAUAUAGAUAUGGCUCAAUGCAAGCCUAUGGGAUUUUUCAGUUGUUCUAUCAUCCAACAGGCUCAAAUGCAAAGUCUGAUUACUAAGAAAAGUAAAACCGCACCUCUUCUCAACAAGCCGCACGAUUUGAGGUAUCAUUCAUGUGCAUGGUGCAAAAGGUCUGGAAUGAGUUAUGCACUGAAGUUUAAUACUUACUGUAGUUUAAUACUAUGAGCAGUCAUAGUGAUGUUAUAAGGUGAAGGGGAUAAAUAAAAAGUGGAAUGGGUAGCUGAGAAAGAAGGCUGACUGCAAGAGAGGACAGGAGGAGAGAUAUAGGGAGAGAUUACAUGUAGAAAAACAAAGGCAGAGACAGACUACGGUGUGUGACAGAGAGAGAUGGAGGCAGAUAGCUGCCUGACUCAUUCCUGCUGUAAUAUCUUAUCUGCAUUGGAACUGCACCUCCAGCACCACCGCAGGUCUACAUGUAUUUAUUACUCGUGAUUUUAAAAAUCAGGUGUACAAUUGGCACUAUAAAAAGCAUUAUUUAUACGUGCAUAGACAUAAAUACUGACAUACAUGUAUGCAUAAAGAUUAGCUAUGCAUGAAAGGGUCUAUGCAGAUUUCUUAGGAUUUCUUAGAAUUAGUUAUUAAACUAAUAGUUCACACAAAUAAGAAUGUGUUUCUUUUACGUGGUUUUUUGUAUGUAUAGCGGCAGAUUCCUACUAAAAUGAACACUAGAGGCAGUACAACAACGACUCUUAUUCCCUUUCACACAAACGGCAGAUUUUCAGUUCAUAAACACACAUUUUUGGCCCUGUUCCUCACAAUGAUAUCUAAUGACAUCUAAACAAUUUUACUAUAGUGCAUGAUUUGUAAAGCAGUAGUUUUUUAACAUUUGCUUUGUAUGCUUGUUUGUGCACGAUCAAAUUGCGCAUUAGCUCAACAGAUAGAGCGUUGCGCUUGCACUGCAAAGGACCGGAGUUUGCUUCCUGAAGAGCACACGUGAACCGAAAGUGUCAUAGGAGAACCCAAAAUGACAUGGUUGCUUUUGCAUAUGCUUUCUAUGACACUAUUGGUUAGGUUUAGGGAUUUAAGGUUUAGGGUAGGGAGGUAGGUUUUGUUGAUUUUAAAUUGAAAAGUGCAUUAAAGGUGCUGUAAGUGAUUUUUACAUGGAAAGGUAAGCUAAAAAUGUUCCUACUCCCUGAAAGAUAUUAAUGAAAUAAGUGUUGUGAGAUAUCUCAGCGGUCUCUGUGACAGCACUAGACUCUGUAAACAGAAAAAAAAAUGUGUCCGUGGUCCGCAGACAGUGAUGCUUUCUGCCUGUCAAUCAUUUUGCGCAUUCUCAUAGUAUUGUAGUUGCAGCGAAUUAUUGAGGCAUAAUGUCAUUUUUAUGCCAUAUUGUUCAUAAAAGUUGUCAGUUGAGGGUGCAAUUUUGCAGCUGUUGUUUUUAACAAACAUUUCUACUCUCAAUAAAGCUUAUUUUGGUAUCAUUGGCGUUCAGGGUUUUGGAAAGAGGGGGCGUGGCUAAUUCAACUGCUCAGUCUUGUGGAAGUAGAACGGCUGAAAUCGCUUACAGCAGCUUUAAGGGGUCAUUUGCAUCUGACCGCCUCCUUAACAACACAUCAAUGCCUACUUUACCUUAUCACUUCCGUAGCCUGCCCAGUAGCGGUGAGCAGUGAGAUGGCAAAGAAAGAGCAGGUCAAUCAAGAGCAGAGGGCCAAUCAUAACAGUGUGCAUUUACUUUCAAGUCUUAAAGGAGAAGCAGCACCAAAACCGAGCGUUUCUUACAGAGGGUCAGAAUGAGUGUGGAAAAUGAUCAUGUUUUACAAAUAUAUGACGGUUUUUUGUACAAAAAACAUUACUAAUACUGUAGGUGAACCUCAAGGAACAUAUUAAAAUAAUAAUAAAAAGCAUGUCAUGACCCCUUUAAAGACAUCUUCUGUUAGGGAGAACAUUUAACUCGCUUUUAGCGCCACUCCAUGGACAUUUUAACGUAGAACUGCCGCAAUACAUGUAGAAGGAGCCAUUUAAUGUCAUUUUGCAAAAAUGUCACCAGUCACGUAAUUUUCAUGAGAUCAGACACAGAAAGAAAGUCAAAUAGGUCUGAAAUGACACUAGGGUGAGUAAAUGGUGGAAUUUUAAUUUGUUGGGUGAUCAGUUUCUUUAAUAAUGCAUUGUACAGCCUAUUGUUGAUGUUGUAACUGUUAAUCCAAGGUAUCCAAACAACUCGGUGACUACACCAUUCUGCACACAUCAUUUGCAACACACCUCAUACCACUCAUUAGACUUUCUACCACACCAAGUUCACACCUCCAGCCACAAAGGAAUGGAAACACUGCCGAUACAGAAUUGCAGACAUGGCUCGUUUAAGCUCAGCACGGGAGGUGGUUUCCACAAAUGUGUCAGCGUUUCGGCCAUCUACCUACUGUGUGGGUGGCCACCGGCUCCCAUCCUGAUCUGUGGCAUUUCACCAUUUGUUGCCCGAGGUCUCAUCCACCUCCAUGUUUGCUGUCUUUGUGCUUUCCUGAACAAAAUGUAACAGAUUGAUCAUGAGAGUUUCAAUGAACCCACAGAAUACAAUCUCCCUGGGACCCUAAGGGGUAGCUGUUUGUAAUGCCUCAUCAGAAGUGUCUGUCACAUUUGUAGUUUAUCAUGUAAAUAUUGUCGUAAUUAAGCAGUACUUCAAUGUGAAUAGUAUAGUGCUAUAUAUUUCAUAUAUUUUGUGUGGAUAUUAAAUUGAAUGUGUUGUAUAUUUCUUUGUGCAGGUUUUGCAUGGUUAUGGAAAAAAAAUAUCAGUGUUUUAAAAUAAUAAAACCCUAAAAGUAAUGCAAAUAUAGUUCAAAUACAUUUUUCUAGUUAUGCUCUGCUCUGAAAAAUUUCAUUGGCUAGAUAUUGCUUUUGUGCUAUUGUCAUAGUGAUGUCCAAUUUUUUAGCAGAUUGUAUUUUUGUUUUGUUUUUUUGAGUCCGUUAUUUUCAAUGAAUCAGUCAAAGCAGAUUCAUAAGCAAAUCAGUGUACUUAAAAAUAAUUUUUAAAAAUAAUUUUGAGUCAAUCACAAGUCAUGAAAAUGUGCAAACCCUGUUUGCUGUGUCUACAUUUCGCACAGAUCAGGAACAGAAUAAGUUCAAGUCCUUUCAAAAGUUGUCGACAAAAUGUGCAGGUACCCAGCCACUUUUAAACCAGUCUAAUCUGGUCUCCAAGCUUGGUCAAUAUUUAGUAAUAAUUUCAGUGGCUAGGUAUUUCUCUUGUUUUUGAGCAGAUUGUUCUUUUGAGUCUAUUCUUUUCCAUAACCAAGUUUCCAUCCACUUUUUGCACUGUUCUGCUCUCGACAAAGUGGAAGUGCGUAAAAAAAAAAGUGCUGUCUCCUGCUUAUUUCCAUUCAAAUGGCCUUUUUCCAAUAAAACGGUGUGCGUGAUGACGUCAUUCUUACACUUUGUUGCAUAAGUUUUGAUUUAGUGCAAAAGAACUCUGCUAUUGACACGUUUCCAUACAGAAUUUUGUGUAUAUCACAAAUUGUGUACCUUUCGCGUCCCAGAUGUCCCCACAUUUGUGUAAAAUGGAAAGAGUAUUAAGGUAAUUUAUUGAAAUUGGCCAGCUUACUGUCAUUUUAGUUUCACAUAAUUGCAAUCGUAAGAAACAUCAGAUGACGACGUGGAAAUGGAGAAGUAUGCUUGUUUGUAUCUGGGAUUAUUAGAAGAAAUUGAUUGGAAUAUCUGGCAAAAUACAAUAGAACAGGUGACAUUAUAGCGAGCCUGUAAUGCUAUAUUAAGGAUAAGGGCACUGAUUUUUAAAUUUUAUUUAUUUAUUUUUAAAGAGUAGCACUUAUAUAUACUUGACUAAUUCUUUGCUUUUUUGAGUAUUUAAGCAUUUUUCUUGUAUUAUAAACAUUUUUUUUUUACACUUUUUUUCAGACAUGGUCUUUGAUAAUCCCAUGUUUUUGAAAUGUGUCAUAGUAAAACCAUGGUAUUUUUUGAAGUAUCUUUGAGUACUAAGACAGUAUCAUGAAAUAUGAAUAUAAUCAUUCAGUCAAGAAUACCAUGGUAUUGUUCUGAUAGUGAUUUAGUCUGUUAGUUUAAACAAAAACCUAACUGGCUUUGCCUGAAUCAGAAAGCUCCUUCAGUUAAUGGCAGUAUUCUAUAAAAGACAUAUUCAAUUUCUAUCACUGAAAACGACGCUACCGCUCCCAUUAUAAUUAAUAAAUCUGUCCACACUGCAGGUGUGCCAUGUGAUUUCAGAAAUAUCAGUCGAGGAUUAAUCUGUUGAUGAACUUACAACACAAUA